AUGGCUACUCCCAUCCUUAUCUCCUACCCCUCUACCCCCACCUCUGGACUCUCCCUCAAGCAGAUUGCCUACUUCGGCCGCGUUCUAGUUAAGGUCUCAAGUGUCGUGGAGGCUGAAGACUUCUUGCGCAAAAAUUUUCGCAACCUCGAUAUCUACAUUGAUGCGACUACCAUCUCCUCGUCCGGAGAUCUGGUCGAUAUUCUGAACGCCGAACAAUCGGUUCCUUCCUCUAGACUGCUCGUCAACGCCCUCGUCGAUGCCGAGCUAGACAUUCUCCAGAAGUGGAUUGCCACCAAUGCUGCCGAGCGUAACGAGGCCAGCGUCUGCACUAGCCCCGCCAAUGUUUCCGCCGCCGCCACGAAAUUGAACAUCAGCUCCGACUCACCCCGCCUAUUCACAACCUAUGGCAAUGAGACCGUGACUGAGGAUGCUAUCGAAAAGGUCGCACAGCAGGGUGCAAUUGCUAUUGUUCCCUCUCAAACCCUGACAGUCGAGCGGGAUGCUGCAGGCCAGAUCUCUGCCGCUAAGUUGAUCGCUUCUCGGGCCGUCACCGAUCAGGCCAAUGGCCUGUAUGCCACAUCCGUCACGGACGAGCGGGGCUCUUGCCUGGGUAUGGUUUGGAGUAGUGAUGAAAGUAUCGCUGAAGCCCUCCGCACCGGCACUGGUGUUUACCAGAGCCGGAAGCGCGGUCUGUGGUACAAAGGUCAAUCAAGCGGUGAUGUUCAGGAGCUCAUUCGGAUCGGCUUCGACUGCGAUGCCGAUUGCCUCGUGUUUGUUGUUAAGCAGAUCGGCCGCGGCUUCUGCCACCUCGGUACCGAGACAUGCUUUGGUGCUUCCGCUGGUUUGUCCCGCCUCCAGAAGACUCUCCAAGCUCGCAAGGCAGAUGCCCCUGCCGGAUCGUACACUGCUCGCUUGUUCAACGAGCCCAAGCUUGUGGAUGCCAAGGUGAUGGAGGAGGCUGAUGAGCUGUGCCGUGCUACUACCAAGGAAGAGAUUGCUUUUGAGGCUGCCGACCUCUUUUACUUUGCACUGACCAAGUGCACCGCGGCCGGUGUCUCUCUUGAGGAUAUUGAGCGCAACCUUGACCUGAAGAGCUUGAAGGUCAAGCGGAGAAAGGGUGAUGCUAAGGGACCCUGGGCCGAGAAGGCUGGCCUGGUUGCCCCUCAAUCAAAGCCCGCUCCUGCUCCUGAUGCUCCCGCUCCCACGCCUGUGGAGGAUCGCACUACCCGUAUUGAAAUGAAGCGUGUGAUCACGUCCUCAGUCUCUGCCAAGGAGGUCAGUGAUCACCUCAAGCGUCCUUCUCAGAGGUCCAACGAUGCCAUUGUCGGUCUUGUGAAGCCCAUUAUCCAGGACGUUCGCGAGGGAGGUGAUGCCGGAGUUCUCAAAUACACGCACAAGUUCGAGAAGGCCACCUCUUUAACUUCUCCCGUUAUCCAUGCCCCAUUCGCUCCCGAGCUGAUGAAGCUGACCCCCGAGGUCCAAGAAGCUCUUGAUGUGAGUAUCGGUAACAUCGAGCGGUUCCACACUGCCCAGAAGGGCAGCAAUGAUGCCCUCGUGAUGGAGACCAUGCCCGGUGUUGUUUGCUCUCGUUUCUCGCGUCCAAUUGAGCGUGUCGGUCUGUAUAUUCCCGGUGGUACUGCUGUGCUUCCUUCUACGGCCAUGAUGCUGGGUGUGCCUGCCAUGGUGGCCGGUUGCCAGAAGAUUGUUCUUGCUUCACCACCCCGUGCCGACGGCAGCAUCUCCCCGGAGAUUGUGUACGUUGCUCACAAGGUCGGUGCUGAAAGCAUUGUUCUGGCCGGUGGUGCCCAAGCUGUCGCGGCCAUGGCCUACGGUACCGAGAGCAUUACUAAGGUGGACAAGAUUCUGGGCCCUGGAAACCAGUUCGUGACUGCGGCCAAGAUGCUGGUGUCCAACGACACCUCCGCAGGUGUGAGCAUCGACAUGCCUGCUGGUCCCAGCGAGGUCCUUGUGAUCGCCGACAAGACCGCCAACCCAGCUUUCGUGGCCUCCGACCUAUUGAGUCAGGCCGAGCACGGUGUUGACUCACAGGUCAUUCUCAUUGCCGUCGAUCUGAGCGAGGAGCAGUUGCGUGCCAUCGAGGAUGAAGUUGAUGCGCAGGCUAAGGCUCUUCCCCGCAUGGACAUCGUUCGCGGAUCCUUGGACCACUCCGUCACCUUCGUGGUGCGGGAUAUCAAUGAGGCAAUGACCCUCAGCAACGACUACGCCCCCGAGCACUUGAUCCUGCAGGUCGAGAACCCCGAAUCUAUUGUUGAGCAGGUCCAGAAUGCCGGCAGUGUCUUUAUUGGACCCUGGACCCCUGAGAGCGUGGGUGACUACUCGGCCGGUGUCAACCACUCUUUGCCUACCUACGGUUACGCCAAGCAAUACUCUGGUGUUAACCUGGGCUCUUUCCUGAAGCACAUCACUAGCUCGAAUCUGACUGCCGAGGGCCUCUUGGGUCUCGCGAAGACCGUUGAGACCCUUGCUGCAGUGGAGGGACUCGAGGCUCACAAGCGAGCUAUUAGCAUUCGGGUUGCACAGAUGAAGCGCUCUUAG